CCUGCGGGCGACAGCUCCUCUACAUCCAUCCCCUCACCAUAGCUACUUACCAGAUAGUAAACCGUCAAAUAAUAAGGAAAAAGAAAAAGAAGAAAUUACCUGAAGCCCUACCAGACAACAUGGGCGGCAGCAACUUCCAGCCGGACACCGACAUUCCGGACCUCGCCGGCAAAGUCGUCCUCGUCACGGGCGGCAACGCCGGCCUCGGGCUCGAGACGGUCCGGCAGAUCGCUAAGCACAACCCGGCGCACAUCUACCUCGCGGCCCGCUCCCGCGAGAAGGGGGAGGCCGCCAUCGAGGCCCUCAAGAAGGAGAACGGCGCGGCGGCGCCCAUCUCGCACCUCCCGCUGGACCUCGCGUCGUUCGAGAGCGUCAAGGCCGCCGCCAAGCAGUUCCUCGCGUCGUCGUCGCGCCUCGACCUCCUCGUCAACAACGCCGGCAUCAUGUCGACGCCCGAGGGCCUCACCGCCGACGGCUACGAGGUCCAGUUCGGCACCAACCACAUGGGCCACGCCCUCCUCACCCGCCUCCUCCUCCCGACGCUCUCGCGGACGGCCGCCGAAAACCCGGACGUGCGCGUCGUCUUCCUCUCCUCAGCGGCCGAGGGCUGGGCGCCCGCCGACACAUACCGCCUCGACAAGCUCAAGACGACCAUGCCCGAGACGGCGAGCCGGUACCGAUACGGCAUCUCCAAGGUGGCCAACAUCCACUACGCGGCGGCGCUCGCCGAGCGGCACCCGGAGGUUAAGGUCGUCAGCGUGCACCCGGGCAUCGUGUCGACGAACCUCGCCGACACGCUCAUCAGCAACUCCAACGCCGUGCUGGGCACGCUGCUGUGGGCGGCCACCAAGGUCAUAUGCGUGAGCCCGCAGAAGGGCGCGCUGAACCAGCUGUGGGCGUCGUUCCACCCGGACGUCAAGACGGGCGAGUUCUACCACCCCGUCGGCGUCGCGGGCAAGGGCACGCCGCUGAGCCAGAACGCCGAGCAGAGGGAGAAGCUGUGGCAGUGGACCGAGGACGAGAUCCGGAGCCACCUGUGAGUGGUGUGUGAGACGUGGGUGGGUUAAAGUCGAGCCUCGGGUGGGAGUGUGAUGAUAUCCACAUGCGGUGAGCAGAAAGAAGGAGAAGCGAAGAAAAAUAAAAUUGGACUCAACCAAGACUCGGAGGAAAGAAAAAGAGAAGAGCCCACCAAGUCCCGAACAAGCUCUUCUUACCAUUGCUUUUUUUUUCACUAUUAGCGUAAUGCGGAGACAUGAUUAAAGUGCGUCCCAAGUCC